AUGACAGACCAAACUGAGACACCAGCAUCACUAGAUGUUUCUGAUGAUGAAUCAAGUGAAACUACUUUAAGUGAGUCAUUACCAUUCCCUAAAAUCAUUGAAAAUUUGAGAAAUGGAGCAAAAGAUGCAAUUGAAACAAAGGAUUAUUUUUCAUAUGACACGUUAAUUGAAAUAUAUUUAGAUGAUGUAUCAAAAUAUUCCAAUGAAGAAAAAGAAGAAAUAAUGACAACAUUAUUAGAAAUUUUUAAAGAAAAUGAUACAUUAGUUUAUGAAAUUGGUUGGGAUAUACCAAGUUUAAUAUUACCAUAUGUUGAAUCUGAUUAUCAAUUUACUAAUGGAAUUAGAAGUUCACCAUGUGUUUAUAAAAUUUUAAAAAUUUUUGAAUUAUUAGCAAUAAAAGGAAAUCCAAAAGAAUUACUUUUAAAAAGUUGUGAAAUAUUAAGUAAUUUACAAUUAAAUGUUGAUAAUGAUUCAUAUGAAAAUACUGAAAUUUCAAAUAAAGAAAAAUUUUUUGAAAUUAAAAUAUAUUGUAUUGUUGAAUUAAUUGAUUCAUCAGUUAGAAAAUUUGCAAAUUUAUAUCCCUCAAGAAUUUUAGCAAUGAUAAUUACAUCAUUUAUAAAUCUUAUAAAUAAUUUAGAUUAUCUGGAAAUUACAACUCAUACAGUUUAUCAAUUUGUGCUAAAAAGAUGUUAUAGUUUUGUAAGAAAUUAUCAUAGACCUGCAAUACCAGAAAAAUCCAAGAAUGAAUAUUCAAAAAAAGAACUUGAAAAAAUAAUUGGAGAUGAAGAUUUUUUAAUACGAAAGUUACUUACUGGGUUUAUUACAAAUAUAAUAUAUAUGGCCACAGCAAAACAUUCGGAACAAUUAGCUUUAAGUCAUUUUCAUUACUUACAAAAGAAACAAAAUAAACCAGUACAAGAAACAGAGUUUGACAAUAUAAUUUUACAAAGAUAUGUUGAGCUUUCAUAUCUGUUUGAUUUAUACUUGGGUCAUCUAUUUGAAGAUUUAGUGAAGAGCACUAGAAAUUUCUUUCAAAAAUUAGAGGAAGAUACUAAUGAUGAUAAUGAUACAGAAGUACUAUUUGAAAAAUGUGUUGUUGAUUAUCAAUCAAAUUUAUACACAAAUAUUGUUAAUCAAGCCGUUAGUAAAAUACAUGAUUCAAAAUUAGGUGAAUUCAUUUUAUAUACUUACAAAAUUUCGUCUUCACAUGAAUUUGAAAACCCAAAAAUUACUUUAACUGACGCUAUACAAUUGACAAUCAAACUAAUAGUUCCUCAAAUGGUUCAAUCUUCGUUUGUCCAUAUUACGUUACAAGAUUGUUGUAUAUUUUGGGUUUGGUAUGCAUUAGAACAAAAUAAUACAGAAUCCUUAAAAUUAGAAUUAGCUACAAUUCCUAAAAAUGUUUUGAUUACAUUUUAUCAAACUAUAUUAUUUGUCAUCAUAACUAUAGAAUCUACUAUAUUUAAUUAUAUGGCUUUUACUUUAUUGACAAAAUUAUUAAUAUUAAGUCCAGAAGAUAUUGGAUAUGAUUUCAUAAAGGAUUCAAUUGAAAAUUGUCCAUAUGAAAAAGUAAGACCGUUUUUGAUUGGAAUUUAUAAAGAAUUAAUUUUAAAAUUGAAAAAUCCAGAUGAAGAAUUAAAUGAAUUAUCAAAUAUUUCAUUAAAAGAUGCACCAAAUUUACCACCGAGAAAAGAAUCUAAUCUGAAGUCAAAUAAAUAUUAUAGAUUCGAUGAAGAUCGAUUACAUGAUAUUUUAGAAUGGGUUUUAAUUGCUCAAUCUAAUGCAUUUAUACAAAAUUUAGAUGGUUCAGAUAAAGUGAAUGAGAAUGAUAUAAAGAUUGAUCCAACAAGAUUAUCUACAUUAGCUUCUGUUUUAAACUUGUUAGUUGCAAUCAGAAAGGAUCCAAUAUUCAUUGCCAAUAAGGAAAAGAUUGAUAGAAUUUUAAACAGCGUUGAAAAAAAUAUUAAAAUAAUUAAUGAAACAUCGUCGAAUCAAUUUGAAAAGAAUGCAGCUGGUAUGCUCGAGUUAACUGUGGAUAGAAUUAAAGAGUAA